AUCCACCCAAAAAAAAUAUAGAGGAAAAAUUUAAAAAAUUAAAAUGGGGGUGGUUGAAAAACAGUUAAACAGCCUUAUAAGCAAAAGAGACAAAGUCAAAUAAACCAAACCUCAUUUCCUUAAUCUUAUCUUAUAUAUAAUAUAACAAUAAAAACACAAUAUAACAUCCUAAACACCAAUAGUGAAACAUUGAGAAACCAUAAAGAAAAAAAACUACAACACAAAAUCUUAACAAACAACAUUUUUUUAUUUUUCAAAAACACAUAAUGGAUUCUGUUGUCUCUGAAUUAGAAGGCACACUUCUAAAAAAUAUAGAUGUAUUCUCAUACUUUAUGUUAGUAGCAUUUGAAGCUUCAGGUUUGAUUCGCUUCGUUCUGUUGUUAAUCCUAUGGCCCGUUAUUCGGUUCCUAGACAUAAUCGGCAUGGAAGACAUAGCUCUCAAGCUAAUGAUCUUUGUAGCUGUAGCUGGAAUUCAUAAAUCGGAGAUCGAAUCGGUUUCGAGAGCAGUUUUGCCGAAAUUUUACAUGGAUGAUCUUGAUAUGGAAGCUUGGAAGAUUUUUAGUUCUUAUGAUAAAAGGGUUGUGGUGACAAAAAUGCCAAGAGUUAUGGUGGAGAGAUUUGUGAAAGAACAUUUACGUGCUGAUGAAGUUAUUGGGAGUGAAUUAGUUUUCAAUAGGUUUGGCUUAGCAACUGGGUUUGUUCAAAGUGACUCAAUUACAACGGUUUCUGAAAGGGUUGCUAAAGUUUUGAAUAAUGAAGUUCCAACUUUGGGUAUGGCAAGGCUUAGUACUACUACAUCAAGCCAUCAUUCAUUCUAUAAACUUUGCAAGGAACAAAUACAGCCACCAUUCAGGACAAGCAAAAAGUACAAUGAUAACCAACUUCUCCGACCACAUCCUGUGAUCUUCCACGACGGACGAUUGGUGAAGCGGCCAACACCAUUCACCUCACUAUUAAUCAUCCUUUGGAUUCCCAUAGGUGUUUUACUAGCCAUAAUCCGGUUAACCUUGGGAGCCAUUUUACCCUUCUGGGCAAUUCCUCACAUGUCAAGGUUAUUUGGUGGCAAAGUCAUUGUGAAGGGGAAGCCACCUCUCCCUCCUUCCGCAGGCGGCUCUGGCGUCCUUUUUGUUUGCACUCACCGCACUCUAAUGGACCCCGUUGUACUCUCAUCUGUCCUCAAACGUAAAAUCCCAGCAGUAACAUACUCUAUUUCCCGAAUAUCGGAAAUACUCUCCCCUAUCCCAACUGUAAGACUAACAAGGAUGCGAAACGUGGACGCAGAGAGAAUAAAAUAUGAAUUAUCCCAAGGAGAUUUAGUUGUUUGUCCCGAAGGAACAACAUGUCGUGAGCCUUUCCUUUUAAGAUUUAGUGCCCUUUUUGCCGAACUAACUGAUCGAAUAGUACCAGUUGCCAUGAACUAUAGAGUCGGGUUCUUCCAUGCAACAACUGCGAGAGGUUGGAAGGGUUUGGACCCGGUUUUCUUCUUCAUGAACCCUAGACCGGUGUAUGAGGUUACUUUCUUGAACCAGUUGCCGGUUGAAGCCACAUGUUCGUCCGGGAAGAGUCCACACGAUGUGGCCAAUUAUGUACAAAGGAUAUUGGCUGCAACUCUAGGGUUUGAAUGCACCAACUUCACUAGAAAAGAUAAGUAUAGAGUUUUGGCUGGGAAUGAUGGCAUUGUGUCUUGUACUUCAUUGGUUGACCAAGCAAUGAAGGUGGUGAGCACAUAUAGUUUACCAUAGUUAAUAAUGAUGAUACAAAAACAAAAACAAAAAAAGAUUUAUUAAUUGUUUUAUUUUGUUAAUUUGUAUGUAUGGGUGCCAGUGUGCUAGCUUUUUGUGUAAUUGAAGUUGAAGACAUAUAGAUUAUUUGUUGUUUUUAUAUAUUAAUUUUUGGGA